AUCGGCUCCGGCUCCCGCUCCCGCUCCCGCUCCGUUCCCUGCCGCGCCGGCCCGACUCUCCCCGGCCGCCGCCGCGCCGCCUCGCAGCGAUCCCGGCCGCCGGCCCGCGCCCCCCGCCCGGGGUCGCCCGCGGCCCUGCUGCCCUUCCCCCGCCCGCCCCCGCCCACCCCGGCCCGCCCCGGCCGCUGCUCCCCGGCGGAGGCAAGAGGUGGCUGGGGGGACCAUGGCUGACGUUUUCCCGGCCAACGACUCCACGGCGUCUCAGGACGUGGCCAACCGCUUCGCCCGCAAAGGGGCGCUAAGGCAGAAGAACGUGCACGAGGUGAAAAACCACAAAUUCAUCGCCCGUUUUUUCAAGCAGCCCACCUUCUGCAGCCACUGCACCGACUUCAUCUGGGGGUUUGGGAAACAAGGCUUCCAGUGCCAAGUUUGCUGUUUUGUGGUUCACAAGAGGUGCCAUGAGUUCGUCACUUUCUCCUGCCCGGGUGCAGACAAGGGACCCGACACUGAUGACCCCAGGAGCAAGCACAAGUUCAAAAUCCACACCUAUGGGAGCCCCACCUUCUGCGAUCACUGUGGGUCACUGCUGUACGGACUUAUCCAUCAGGGGAUGAAAUGUGACACCUGCGACAUGAACGUUCACAAGCAGUGCGUAAUCAACGUCCCCAGCCUCUGUGGAAUGGAUCACACGGAGAAGAGGGGGCGGAUUUACCUGAAGGCUGAGGUCGCCGAUGAAAAGCUUCAUGUCACGGUACGAGAUGCAAAAAAUCUCAUCCCUAUGGAUCCAAAUGGGCUUUCAGAUCCCUACGUGAAGCUGAAACUUAUCCCUGAUCCCAAGAACGAAAGCAAACAAAAAACCAAAACCAUCCGCUCCACGCUGAACCCCCAGUGGAACGAGUCCUUUACGUUCAAAUUAAAACCUUCAGACAAAGACCGACGACUCUCUGUAGAAAUCUGGGACUGGGAUCGAACAACAAGAAAUGACUUCAUGGGAUCCCUUUCCUUUGGCGUUUCGGAGCUAAUGAAGAUGCCAGCCAGUGGAUGGUACAAGUUGCUUAACCAAGAAGAAGGUGAGUACUACAAUGUGCCCAUUCCGGAAGGGGACGAAGAAGGAAACAUGGAGCUCAGGCAGAAAUUCGAGAAAGCCAAGCUUGGCCCUGCUGGGAAUAAAGUCAUCAGUCCUUCGGAGGACAGGAAACAACCUUCCAACAACCUUGACAGAGUCAAACUCACCGACUUCAAUUUCCUCAUGGUGCUGGGGAAGGGGAGUUUUGGGAAGGUGAUGCUUGCUGACAGGAAGGGAACAGAAGAACUGUACGCGAUCAAAAUCCUGAAGAAGGACGUGGUGAUUCAGGAUGACGACGUGGAGUGCACCAUGGUGGAAAAGCGAGUCCUGGCCUUGCUCGACAAGCCCCCGUUCCUGACGCAGCUGCACUCCUGCUUCCAGACGGUGGAUCGGCUGUACUUUGUCAUGGAGUACGUCAACGGCGGAGACCUCAUGUACCACAUUCAGCAAGUAGGAAAAUUUAAGGAACCACAAGCAGUAUUCUAUGCGGCAGAGAUUUCCAUUGGAUUGUUCUUUCUCCAUAAACGAGGAAUAAUUUAUAGGGAUCUGAAGUUAGAUAAUGUCAUGUUGGACUCAGAAGGACAUAUCAAAAUUGCUGACUUUGGGAUGUGCAAGGAACACAUGAUGGACGGAGUCACGACCAGGACCUUCUGUGGGACUCCAGAUUACAUCGCCCCGGAGAUAAUCGCUUACCAGCCGUAUGGGAAAUCCGUGGACUGGUGGGCCUAUGGCGUCCUGUUGUAUGAGAUGCUAGCCGGGCAGCCUCCGUUUGACGGUGAAGAUGAAGAUGAACUGUUUCAGUCUAUAAUGGAACACAACGUUUCCUAUCCAAAAUCCUUGUCCAAGGAGGCCGUUUCCAUCUGCAAAGGACUGAUGACCAAACACCCCGCCAAGCGGCUGGGCUGCGGGCCUGAGGGAGAGAGGGACGUGAGAGAACACGCCUUCUUCCGGAGGAUUGACUGGGAAAAACUGGAGAACAGGGAGAUCCAGCCCCCAUUCAAGCCCAAAGUGUGUGGCAAAGGAGCAGAGAACUUCGACAAGUUCUUCACUCGAGGACAGCCCGUCUUAACACCGCCGGAUCAGCUGGUCAUCGCUAACAUAGACCAGUCUGACUUUGAAGGGUUCUCGUAUGUCAACCCCCAGUUUGUGCACCCCAUCAUCCAGAGCGCAGUAUGAAACUCACUGGCCAGAGAAAACGCCCCCCACCCCAGUCCCCCGCCCCCCAGCAGUGGGAAAUGAUCCUUAAGCCUAAAAUUUUAAGGCCAUGGCCUUGUGUCUUGUUGCACUUGGAGGCCUGAAAAUUAUAGGGUUAUUAGUCCAAAUGUGAUCAACUGUUCAGGGUCUCUCUGUCACAACCAAGAACAUUAUUUUAGUGGAAGAUGACAUAAUGUACAGUGUCCAGUUUAAUUAUGUAGAAGUCACAUCUGGCUGUAGAUUGCAACCCUUCCUAGAAAGCAAAUAGACUCUUGCCCCCUUUUGGGUACGAUUUGAUAUAUUUUCCAUGCCCUCUGUCUGUGGAUUUUCACCAUCAGGAUUCCCCAACCAGAGAUGUUAAAAUGAACCUGCCCCAGCCCAAUGGGCUGGAAACAUCUCCACCCAAGACAUCUUUGCAAGGAAAGUAUGGGGCACCCAGAGAGAGAGCAGGGAGGGAUCGGGGCUCAGGGAGGCUUUGAAAUACCCUCUGCCUCUGUCCUCUGCCUCCACGGAAACAGUCUCUAGAACCUAAGAGGCCAGGAUGGACCUAAUCACUGUCCCCAAACAUUGACACAUCGUAACCCAACCAUGGUCCAGUGGUUACCAGUUGAAAAAAGAAAGAAAGAAAACUUCAGAUGAGUGUUGGGUGAAUCUGUCCUCUGGUACCUACUUGGUUGAUAACUGUCUUGGUACUUGCAUUCUUUUUAAGAGGCCAAAUCAUUUAAGGACUUUGCUAAAGAGCAUGUGAAAUCAUUUCAGAUCAAGGGCAAACCAUUGUGUGUGUACGUUCCUUUUAAUCUCUAGGAGAUUAUUCUUCGAUCCAGGGUGCCAUCAGUAAUCAUGCCACUAUUCACAAGUGUCGUUAGCCAACCCCCCACCCAAUAUUUUGCUCCCAGUGUCGUCACCCACCCCUGAGAAACUCAAGUGUGCGCUCCACCCCCUUUUGUACUUAUUUAUUUAAUAGGCUGCGGUGUCGUUUACGGAAGUACGAUGUACAGUGACUUAAUCGGCGUGUUGACCCUAGCACCAGUCCCUACUGGUUGGUUUUCUUCCCUCCUCCAGCCCUUCAUGUCCACUUAGGGAUGAAAAACAAUGAGGUUUUGGUUCCCAUUCCCAGUUCUUGUCAAAUGACACCCCUGGAGCGGUCGAGUCAGGAAACCUGGAUGCACAGCGGCUCAAAGAUGUUUUAUCACUAGAAGGAUUUUAAUAUGUUUUGCAAAUGCAUCAUGCAAUGAAUUUUGCAUGUUUAUAAUAAACCUUAAUAAUAAGUGAAUCUAUAUUAUUGAUAUAAUCGUAUCAAGUAUAAAGAGAGUAUUACAAUAAUUUUAUAAGACAAUUGUGCUAUAUUUGUGAAGGUUCUUCUUUCUAAUCUGCUUUUAUGAUUAAGUUUUAGCUUAAUUCUUUACUGCUGUGCUUUCUCCGCCCCCCCCCGCCCCCUCCCUGCUUUUGGGCACUGUAUCAGAUAUAUUAAUUUUUUAAUGUGGAUCUAAUUUCAAAAUGAAUGGCUACUUUACAUGAUCAAUUAGGCUUUUACUAUAUAUGUGUCUAUGUGUAUAUAUAUAUAUAUAUAUAUAUAUUUGAUUCUACCUGCAAACAAAAAUUUUGUUUGUAGGGUUAUUUUUGAAAUGAGACUCUCUCUUUUAGCUUCUCAAUGCCAUCUUCCAUUUGGGUUCCUCUGCCACUCUUCCUCUUGGGAACAACGGGAGGUGUCUGACUCCAGGGUGCCUAGUACGUUUGUGCACGUGUGGCGUUGUCACAGCACCCGGGCUGAACUUUGUGUGUUCGUGUUUGUUUUGCUCUUCCUUUCAGCCACGUGACUGUUGGUGACUCUGGGGGCGGGAGGGGUGGGAAGACUCCCUCCUUGCUAUGUGUACCUGGAUGCACCAGAAGCUUGCUGUCUGUCCGCCCCGAAUGCCCCGCCGUUUGCUAUGAGACCCACCACCACGUGUCCACCCCUGAGCACAGCCACACCCUGCAGGUGCCAGCACAGCCUUUUCAGAGGCUGAAGGUCUCCCUCCAGCCAUUGCUGGAAUUGGCCUUGCCAGGAGCACUGCUUUGGCGAGACACCCCUCAGUGCAAGGCCCUCAGGGGAGCCAGGCUUCUACACCAGAAAGUCAGAAUGCAGGCAGCUAUUGGGCCUUGCAGAGAGCUGCUCUGGUUCCUCCCAAAAGCAUCUCCCUCUGGCUGUUGGCCUGAAGUUCACAUGACACACAGCCACUGAAGGGUCUUUGAGGCGAGAGGCCUGGGCUGUCCUGGACACCCGUGAGUGGAGGAAGAGAGGGAGCAGGGAAUGGGCCUGAGCAGAAGAAAGCAAUUUUUUCUGCCAUCUUUUAGGGACCUUAGACAUCCAGACUCAGAAGGGGCCCAGCUCUGGGCCUGCAGUCCUAUCGGUCAGUGCACGUUCUGAGGGCAUGUCCUGACCGGCUGCACCUCAUUUGGUCCAGUGGGAAAGAGACUGGUUUGUAAAAGAGCCUAAAAGACAAAAGGGCCAGUCCCUGUUCCCCAGACGGGAGCAGCGGCAGGACUGAUCCCCGCCCAGCCAGGAGAGGCAGAAGCCCCACGAGGGGGUGUGUGGGCUUAGGGACCAUUCGUUCCAGUGCCCCAGGCCGCCUGCUGGUUUUAAGCAAGGCUCAGGCUCAGGCUUUCGCUCAAACAGCCAACCCGCAGUUCAAAUUCCCAUUUCUCUCGGAAACAUUCACUGUCCCGUCCCGGAUGGCUUGUGUUCCUUCAGAAUGUGUGGCAAAGUUUCCAAAGACAGUGCCCUAACCAUGGGGCCCGGCGUUCUGCCUGAGGGACAGCAGACUGGAGAACAAACCUGGGGAGGGGAAAGCAGUAAAAACAGGGGCGCGGCGACGUGUUCCCGGGAUGUGGCCUGCGUUAGGCGUUGCUGAGUAUUGAGCUUAGGUAGAGGCCAGUGCUGUAAAGAUCUGAGCAGCCAAGACAGUUAUCGCUGGAAGACUAAUGUGGCUAACCACGAACAACUGUCACCCACAGAGUCGACUUAGCAGCUCUCAUGGGCAUUGUGUGAGAUGCGACAGCAGGGAAAGCGCUGCUGUUGGAACUGCGGCAGCCGCGUGGGAGGCAAAGGGACGACUCCUUGAAGGGGCAAGUCCUGCCCCUGAGCACUGCCUGUGCCGCCGGGCUGGUGGAGGUCCAGGCCGCCAGGCAGAGUCUAGCACAGUCCCAGUCUCCACAGGCCCCAGGGGACUGUGACUGUGAAGCCCGUUGGGAUUGCUUUGCGUUGUUCUGCCUUGGAAGGUGGCGGCCGCUCUGCGGCAGAACUUCUCUCCAAGGCUGUGGGCCAGCGGGCUGGCAGCCCGUCUCUUGGCAUCUCGUCUAAAGCCACCAGGUGCUGGGUUUGAGAGGAAGUCGCUAGAGUGUGCCGCCAGGCGCAGCACCCAGGGUAGUGUGCGGGAACUGAUCCAAAAGGUGGGUAGGAAACCCCUGGAGCCAAAUGAUCGCUCCCUGCGCUUGGACUUCUCUUUCUUCCCCUGGCCUGGCACGGUUCAUGCAGAACCGCUGCCUGCCUGUUCUUAGCAGACGUGCGAGGCCUUCUUAGCAGGGAUUUUGAUAGAAAAUCAGGAGGUUGAGAGCUCUUUGCAAACUUGGCCUGAGAUGCUGGGUUGAAAGAUUGUGGAAGACCAAGAUUAACACAACCCAGCAAGAGGUGUCGAGCGUCUCUCCGAGCUGAAGCCCUUAGGAGGGCAAGGUGACUUGCUGCAGUGGGCGUGCAGCCCCUUGAGAGCCCCCCGCUGAUGAGCGGGGAAGGGAGAGGCUGGGGGCGGCUGCGGUCAGAACGGCUAGGCAGGAGCGGGGCAGAGGGUGCCCGCGGGAGAGGGAGCUGCUGUCAUCCGCAGUGGCUUCCCGUCGCAGGGUGUCAGUGCAGAUGGGAGUUACCGUCUGCUGGUUCUCGAGAGUGUGUUUUGCCAGGGACACAGUCUGUUCCUCCUGAGAAAACACCCCCCAAAUGCCAACAGCAUCCACACCAGCUGCUAGAAGCCCCUUCCCCUCCCCUCACUCCCUCGAAAUAGCUCACAGUUCUCUGGGCAGAGCCAACGAGUUCCUGCCCGUGUUCCUCUGUGGCUUCCUGCUGAGAACGAUGGCAGCUGACGAUGGAUGGAGAAGUCACAAGAACAACUAACACUGUUCCCACCUGGUUCCACCGAGCAGGAGAAAUUUGAGUUGUUUUUGCUGGGAUUUGUUUUCUCAUUACUGAUGAGGGGGAAGUGAGAGUCUUACAUUUCUAAAAGCCUCAGAAAGGCAACACCAUCUGACAGUCAUUUUCUCACUUUGGUCUCACGAAGUCACCUAUUUCUUGUGUGUUCGUAUCACACUAUUUCCUGUUUCUUUAUAACCCGGCAAGGGCAGGAGUGCCUGGUCCCUGCCGAGCACACCAGACAGCCGUCAGGAAGGGCGCAGUGAGCCAGGGGCCCGAGUGACCUUGAGAGCUACAGGGAGAACAGCAGGCACUACAGUCAUCGGGAAGGAAAGGGACAUGGGGUUAUUAGUGGCUACGCACCAAUUGGACGAGGAGUGUUGGGAAAUGUUUUCAAAAAUCCUCUCCUGGGCUGCAUUUAUGAAAUAUACUGGACAGUCAUUCCUGCCGCCUCCCAUCUGGCUGACACAGCGAAUCUCGGGCUUGCUGUGUAUCUCUGCUCUGAGAAGGUCCAGAACGUUUGGGAAGGGUCCCCGAGGUUUCCAUGGGUGAAGGCAGUCAUCUAGGAAUGGUGUCAACCACAAUGUUGUCAAUUCGGUGAUGUCAGGGUCCUUGGGAGGGUUAAAAUUGUGAAUGGUUAUGAACCCUGGGCCUCUCAUUCAUGUGAUCAGGGGUCAGUUAACAACUGUUCGGGUCGUACUCGGCCAUCAAACAGCCUUACAGUGACCCUGCCAGCCCACAAAUUCCAAAGACUUUUUUUUAACCUUAAGGACGUUAUUAAUUUGUUAAUUCCAAUAGAACAGCUGAACAUACUGGGCUAUUUGUACUUUUUUAUAGAGAACUUUAAUAAUACAAUGCUUUAAAAAAUGAGUUUUUAAAAUGAAGCUAUGGACAAUUUCAUAAAGUUCCAACCACAUGGAGCCUGUGAGAGGACCCAGCCUGGGUCCGCUGGGGCACCCCAACCUGCAUUCCCACCGCAGGGGUUCCCCGUGCCAGUGGGCCAUAGGGUCCACAUCGGAAUGACCACAAGUUCAGGUGCAACUUGUUGGCAGACUGAUGCUCGGUGUGUUUUUAGUAGACACUGGGGACAACCACUUAAGGUCUAGAAACUUUCAAACCAUAGGAAAGAUGGCUCUAUUGUCCCCCAGGCAGAUGCAGCCAUAGGGUAGCAUUCCCAGGGGUCUCUACGACCCCUUUCUUCCCUCUGUGAGGCUCCGUGACCACCCUUGGGCAGGACGAGGGGGACGCUUCCUCGGCUCCGUCCCCAGGUCUCUCAUACUUGAGAUGUGAAGAGUCAGAGGUGCCCUCUGAGGAUUCCGCCCACUGGGCAAUUCAGAAAUGCUUCAAUAUCCCCGGAGAUCAGAGGCAGCGGCAGGCGUGGCUGUUGGCCUCUUUCAUAGUAGUCACUUAUGUGUGUAGACAGAACCCUACUUUUCAGAAAAUAGGUGUCAGGUCCACUUUCUAAGAACCCUUUUUUCUAAAAUAAGACAAAAGGUGGCUUUGCAUUUUCUGAUUAUACAGCUGUGUCUUUGUCUCUGCUUAACUUUAGGAGUAUCUAUUCCUGUGAUUGUGGAUUUUUGUUGAUAUUCUCCCCGGAAGAAUGUGAUCCUUUUCUUGAAAGGUCGGUUUAGUGGAAUAUUCAAAUCAUUCAUGAAGGCAGUUACUACUUUGAGUCCAAGGUUUUCUAAAAAUUAACCUCACAUCCCUUCUAUUAGGAUAUCUCAGAGUAUCUUUUAUAGACAGAAACAUUUGACAUCAUCACUGUCGCUACGUGAUUUUUUUGUGUGAAGGACAUACCGUGUUUAAAUCAUUAAUUGAAAGCCAUCAUUUAAGACCCCAAACUUGUAUGGAGGAAGAGAUGGAGACUGAGGUUUUUCCUUCUGUGUAAGCACCUACUGACGAAAUGUAGAGGCCAUUCACCUGUCAAACGACAUUGGGUUAUGUCGCAGAUGAGAUGGAUGUAUAAAUUACUGCAUUGCUUUUCUCAAUUUGUAUGACCUCUAAUCUUCGUUUGCAUGAUAUGCUUUGUUAGAUACAUUCAUUGUAGUUUGGAAGCCAGCGUGUAUGAAUAAAGAUAACGAUCCUC